CGCAUCUCGAUUUCCUACUUAUACAGCCAGCUACCAUCGCGCCCACAUCCAAGCUGCAGUCUCUCGCCUCCAUCCGUCCGCGCGCACGCGUCUUCUGCGCCUCCACUCUCCGAGCACUUUCAUCCGUCUCCCCCCACUCCGCGCACACCCCCUCCGCCCGCUCCGCCCGCUACCUCGCCCCGUCCCCGCAGUUCCACUUCGCCCGCACACUCUCGUCCUCCGCGCCCCGCAAUAUGCCCCCCAUUCCCGUACAGCAGGCCGAAGCCGUCGGCGAGUACGACAUGUUCGUGAUCGGCGGCGGGUCCGGCGGCCUCGGCACCGCCCGCCGCGCCGCGAGCUACGGCGCAAAGGUCGGCCUGGCGGAGGCUACGCACCGUCUCGGCGGGACGUGUGUCAACGUCGGCUGCGUGCCCAAGAAGGUUAUGUGGUACACCUCCGAGGAGGCCAGCGCGCUCCGCCACGCCGCGGCGUACGGCUUCGGCAACGCCGAGGAGAACAACAAGAUCGCGGCCAGCUUCAACUGGCCCAUGCUCAAGAAGAAGCGUGACGCGUACAUCGAGCGUCUGAACGGCAUCUACGACCGCAACCUCGCCAAGGACAAGGUCGACUACCACGAGGGCUACGCUUCGUUCAUCGACAAGAACACGCUCAACAUCAAGUCGCUCAACGGCGAAAACUACACUGUCAAGGCCAAGAAGAUUGUCAUCGCCGUCGGCGGCAAGCCGCACAUCCCGUCUGACGAGGAGGUUCCCGGCGCGUCGCUCGGCAUCGACUCGGACGGCUUCUUCGAGCUGGAGGAGCAGCCGAAGCGUGUCGCCGUCGCCGGCGCCGGAUACAUCGCUGUCGAGCUUGCAGGCAUCUUCAACGGCCUUGGCUCCGAGACGCACCUCCUGAUCCGGAAGAACGCCGUGCUGCGCACGUUCGACCCCAUGCUCUCCGACGUCCUUCUUCCCUGGAUGGAGCACGGCGGGAUGAAGAUCCACAAGGACACGGGCAUCACCAAGGUGGAGAAGAUCGACGGCGGGCUGCGCGUGCACCAGAAGAACGGGCCGGCGCUCGAGGUCGACACGCUGCUGUGGGCGAUUGGGCGUGUGCCCAACGCCGACGGCUUGGGCCUGGACAAGGUCGGCGUCGCGACGGACGCGGCGGGCAACGUCGUCGCGAACGAGUGGCAGGAGACCAACGUCGAGGGCAUCUACGCGCUCGGCGACAUUGGCGGCAAGGCGCUGCUGACGCCCGUGGCCAUCGCCGCCGGCCGCCGCCUCAGCAACCGCCUCUUCGGCGGCCCGCAGUACAAGGACGACAAGCUCGACUACGAGAACAUCCCGUCUGUCGUGUUCACGCACCCCACGAUCGGCUCGGUCGGCCUCAGCGAGCCCGACGCCCGCAAGAAGUUUGGCGACAGCAUCAAGGUCUACACCACCCGCUUCCGCGACAUGAGCGGCGCCAUGCUCGACGAGGACCAGAAGCAGCCCACCGCGUACAAGGUCAUCUGCGCGGGGCCCGAGGAGCGCGUCGUCGGCCUCCACAUGAUCGGUGUCGGCUCGGACGAGAUCCUCCAGGGCUUCGCGGUCGCCAUCAAGUGCGGCGCGACGCGCAAAGACUUCCAGGCUACCGUGGCCAUCCACCCCACCAGCGCGGAGGAGGUCGUCACCAUCUUCUAAGCUUCAAGCGGUAAAAGUUCAAGAGGGUGCGGUGUCGGCGGCUGUACUUGAGUGGAUGUGCUUGUUGGCGCCGGCGGGUGUCCACCGGGCGCCUGUAUAGACUUGCGGUAUGCAGUUAGAAUGCGGAAGCCG